AUGGCCUACACAUCCACGUUCCUAGUGUCAAACAUCCACUGCCCGUCGUGCGUGUCCUAUGUCCAAGAUACUCUCCAGGGAAUUCCAGGAAUCCAGUCCAUCCAAGUCUCUCUCAUCGACCAACUCAUUCGUGUCAAACAUGCACAGGAUUCGACCCGAGAAGUCAUUGUCCGUGAGCUAAUCAAGGCAGCUUUCGACGUCCAGCAUGUCACAACUACCCGACCCGACGGUAUCAAAUCUCACGACUCCGAUGUGUCACCAAGUCCCACCAACGCCCGGCUCUCGCGGUCCCGCUGGCUCAUGUCUCGCGCUCAACGCAAGCAUAUUGAAAAUUACGAGGAGGCCGCGGUUUCGGAUGACACACUGGCUGGAGACAAGGUGUCGAAUAAAGACCUCGAUGGCACAACAGAAAAGAGUACACCUUCCCACUAUGUUGCUGCUGUGUCGAUCGGUGGCAUGACUUGCGCGUCUUGCACAAGCUCGAUCACAAAAGGGCUCGACAACCUAGACUUUGUGGAUUCGACAAAUGUUAAUCUAAUGACGAACAACGCAAGAGUGGUUUAUCAUGGCCCCAAGAGCAACUCGGACAAACUUGUGGAGGCCAUUGAAGAAUUGGGCUACGAGGCUGUCGUUGAUAAUGUGCAACCGUUGGCGCAAGAGAAGGCUCCGUCAGAUGGUGGCGAUGAGGAUCUGAAGGUCACGCUCAGUAUUGAGGGAAUGACCUGUGGAAGUUGCGUUGGCGCGAUCACCCGAGGGCUCGAGGAGCUUCCGUUCAUCCAAGAUACCAACAUCGACUUGGUCGGGAACCGCGGGCUUGUGAUCUUCCACGGAAAGCAGAAUCUCGAAGCAAUACUGGAGAAGAUCGACGACUUGGGCUACGAAGCGACCGUUAUCAAACUGGAGAGCACCGCCAAAUCAGCUCCGGUCCGGAAAGAAGAACGGACAGUACAGCUGAGGAUCGACGGCAUGUACUGUGAGCACUGUCCCGAGAAUGUCAGGACGGCUAUCCAAUCUGCAUUGUCACCUGCCCACGGAUCGACGUUUACCAUAACUCAACUACCGACCUUAAAAGAUCCCAUCCUUACCGUUACCUACCGCCCUUCUCCUCAGCUCAACAUACGCAGCUUCAUCGCCGUUGUCGAUGCUUCACACGAAGCUCUGAAGGCAAGUGUCUACCACCCACCAACGCUGGAAGAGCGGUCACGACGGUUACAGCGAAAGGAAAUGAAGCAUAUUCUUGGCCGGCUCCUGUUUACUGGCAUCGUUGCUAUUCCGACGUUCAUCAUCGGUGUGGUGUACAUGAGCUUGGUGCCCGGAUCCAAUGCGACGAGGCGAUGGUGGGAACAGCCCAUCCUCGCGGGACAAGCUAUGCGAAUGGAGUGGGCACUGUUCUUCAUGACCACACCGGUUAUGGUUUUCGGCACUGAUCUCUUCCAUGUCCGCGCAUAUAAGGAGAUUAAAGCGAUGUGGAGGCCUAACAGCAAAAUCCCGAUUCUGCGUCGGUUUUACCGGUUUGGCAGCAUGAAUCUGUUGAUCAGUGCUGGCGCGUCGGUGGCAUAUUUCUCCUCGUUGGCCGUCCUGGUUAUGGAUGCGACAUCUAAUUCGACAGACAUGAGGCAUCGUCAGUCAUCAGACACAUAUUUCGAUACCGUGACAUUCCUCACCUUCUUCAUCCUCAUUGGACGCUUCCUGGAGGCGUACAGCAAGACGAAGACCGGUGACGCUGUGGCGAUGCUCAGCAACCUCCGGCCUUCAACAGCUCUCCUUGUCACAGAUGGUGCGAGCGGGAAAGCGUCUGGCGGCACCGAAACCAUCCCCGUUGAUCAGCUGGAGACAGGUGAUCUCGUUCAGAUCCCUCACGGAACAUCACCGCCCACCGACGGCGUCAUUGAUAAUCAAGGCACAUUUCUGUUCGAUGAGAGCUCUCUUACCGGAGAAUCGAGGCCGGUCAUGAAAACCUAUGGCGAUGAGGUUUUUACCGGGUCUGUGAACGUGUCCGACCCUGUCCGAAUCAGAGUAACUGGUGUCGGGGGGACAUCCAUGUUGGACCGCAUUGUCAAUGUUGUUCGUGAAGGCCAGGCGAAAAGAGCUCCGAUCGAGCGCAUUGCAGACAUUCUCACGGGGUACUUCGUCCCGGUCAUCACCCUCAUUGCUAUCACCACUUGGGUGAUCUGGAUGGGCCUGGGCUUAUCCGGAACUCUACCUCGCGCAUGGCUUGACGUCAGUCGGGGAGGAUGGCCAUUCUGGUCUCUUGAGUUCGCGAUUGCCGUCUUCGUGGUCGCCUGCCCCUGUGGCAUAGGUCUCGCUGCACCUACGGCACUCUUUGUGGGAGGCGGGUUGGCCGCGAAAAACGGGGUCCUUGUCCAAGGAGGUGGCGAGGCGUUUCAGGAAGCGUCGAAAUUGGACGCUAUUGUGUUUGACAAGACAGGCACACUGACUGAGGGGCACAUGCGAGUCACCGACUUUGAAUUGAUCCGGAGCAGUCAGGGCUGUAGUCCGACACUUGACGAUAGCGCCAUCCUGGCGUCGUCCCGUAUGUUGGAAGAGUCAAGCACGCAUCCGAUCGCCAAAGCUAUUGCAACCUACUGUGCGGAGAAUUCGACCAAUGUUUCCAUUGAGCAGGAGGAGGUCAAAGAGGUGCCUGGGCAGGGCAUGACCGGCAGAUUCCUGGUCAGAGGCAAUUUGUCUGCAUUGCGAUACGAGAUCGCUCUUGGAAACGAGAGACUUUUGCAGAGCAUUUCUCUGCCGGACAGCCAGACGUCAGGUUUCUCAACAAAGGAGGCCGAGGCUAAGGUCACGUCCAAAGGAGAGGACUUUUACCUCAAUCCCAUACUCACGAAGCACCAGUCCCUCGGUCAUUCCACCGCCAUUUUUGCUGUCCGGGAGAUAACAGAAGAUGCUGAGAAAGCCAAGUCGCUGUCGUCUUACCGGGCUUUGGCUGUCUUUGCCAUCGCCGACCCGAUCCGCUCUGAGGCACCCGAAGUGCUCGAAUCUCUCCACAGCGCAGGACUCGACGUCCACAUGUGCACGGGAGACAACCAAACCACGGCCCUGGCUAUUGCUACCCAGCUGGGAAUCCCUGCCAGCAAUGUGCGUGCCGGUGUCCUCCCACAAGAUAAAGCCAGCUACAUCCGCGAACUGCAAGGCUUAUCCUCCGACGAGCCCUCAGGCCUUCAGGGUAGUCGCAAGAUCAUUGCGUUCGUGGGGGACGGCACGAAUGACACUCCUGCUCUCUCUGCUGCCGAUGUCUCGAUCGCACUCUCCUCCGGCUCCGACGUGGCCAUGACCACCUCAUCGUUCAUCCUGCUCAAUGCCGACCUCAACACGAUACUUACCCUGGUCAGACUUGCCAAACGGGUGUUUUUACGCGUGAAAUUGAACUUUGCCUGGGCAGCGGUGUACAACCUGUGCUUGGUUCCCGUUGCAGCGGGGGUAUUCUUUGCUGUCGGAGCGAACGAUCAACACGCUGGGUGGAGAUUGAAUCCGGUUUGGGCAAGUAUCGCCAUGGCGGCGAGUAGUGUCAGUGUGGUGAUGAGCAGUCUGGCGCUGAGGUUGCCGGAGAUUGAUUUCAGCAGAUGGAGGAGGUGA